AUGGCGAGCAGGAGGAAGUCCACCACCCCGUGCAUGGUUCCUCCACGAGACACCGUGGAGUCAGAUCAGGAGAUGGAGGAUAUGGAGGAUGUAGCAGAACUGGAGACCAGUAACGGCGUAGCCACGGUUUCCUCUGAGGUUCCUGCUGCGUUGGAGGCGCGAGGUGAGGAGGCUGACGUCACGCCGGUGUCGGACCACUAUCUGGACCUGAACAUGGCAGAGGGCGGCUAUGAGUGCAAAUACUGCAGCUUCCAGACGUCAGAGCUCAACCUGUUCACCAUGCAUGUGGACACAGAGCAUCCCGACGUCGUCCUCAACACCUCCUACGUCUGCAUGGAGUGUGACUACCACACCAAGAGUUACGACACCCUGCUGGCCCACAAUGCGCGCCUCCACCCAGGGGAGGACAACUUCACUAGGACCAUGGUGAAGAGGAACAACGAGACCAUCUUUCAGCAGACGGUUAAUGACCUCACCUUCGACGGCAGCUUCAUCAAAGAGGAGGAUGACGAGGCAGAGGACACAUCCCGGAAAGGCAUCGCCUUCAGCAAGACCCCCAUCAUGAGGAUCAAGAGCAGGACGGAGCCCAAGAAGUUCUGCGUUGCACACAAGAUGGCCGCCAACGACGUCAUCAAGGUGGAGAGUGACGACGAGGAUGACGAGAACAAGGAGCCGCCCACGCUGUCGCCCGCCCCCAUGACGCCUGCUGCCGUCACCCCCCGUCUCAUCCCCGUCUCCACACCGCUGCAGGUCCAGGCCGUCCCUCAGAGCAUCGUGGUCAACAACCCCAAUGUGCUGCAGAUUAAAAGCGGCUCCAGCGGCGGUGCCGUGCUGCCUCCCGGGACGCUGGCGCAGGUCCUCUCAGCUCUGCAGAACCAGCAGAGCAGCACACAGACCCAGACUCAGCUCCUCAUCCCCAUCAGCAGCAUCCCCACCUACAACACAGCCAUGGACAACAACGUGCUACUGGUCAGCGCCUACAACAGGUUUCCGUAUCCCUCUGUGUCUGAGAUCAUGGGCUUGUCGUCUCAGACAAAGUUCAGCGAGGAGCAGAUUAAAGUCUGGUUUUCUGCUCAGAGGCUGAAGCACGGAGUCAGCUGGACACCAGAGGAGGUGGAGGAAGCAAGGAGGAAGAAGUUUAACGGCACAGUGCAGACUGUCCCUCAGACCAUUACCGUCAUCCCUGCCAACAUCGCCGCAGCCACAAACGGCCUGCAGUCCAUAUUCCAGACGUGUCAGAUCGUCGGCCAGCCGGGACUCGUCCUCACUCAGGUUGCUGGCAACAGCAGCACCGUGCCCGUUGCCUCUCCAAUCACUUUGACGGUUGCAGGAGUUCCUGGAAACCAGAACAAAGCUGCCGAACCACUGACCUCAGAAUCAAAGACUGAAACGUCAGUGUCUUCAGCCAACAUGCCGCUCAGUUUGGACGCAGGAGCGACCAAGCCCAAGAAGUCCAAGGAGCAGCUGGCGGAGCUGAAGGCGAGUUACGGCAGGAGGCAGUUUGCCACCGAGGCGGAGAUAUCACGACUGAUGCAGGUCACCAAACUGUCCAAACGAGCAAUAAAGAAGUGGUUCAGCGACACGCGAUACAACCAGAGGAACUCUAAGGACCACCACAGUGUCCUGCUGAGCAGCGAGGCCUCGUCCAGCAGAGCUGCAGUGCUCGGAGGAGGGCGAGGGGGGAGCAACAGCUGCAGCCUUAGCGACGGCAGCAACCCCACUGGCAGCACCACCACCAUUGUCAUCGACUCCAGUGACGACGCCAGCGACUCCUCCCCGACUACUGCCAACGCCCCUGGGUCAUCAGCACCCUCCAGCGACCCGCGGGUCAAAUUUCGCCACGCUUUUCCCGAUUUCACUCCACAGAAGUUCAAGGAAAAGACACCAGAGCAGCUGCUCAUCCUGGAGGCCAGCUUCCAGAAAUCAGAAAUGCCCUCAGACGAGGAGCUGAGCCGUCUGCGAGCAGAGACGAAGUUAACGAGGCGCGAGGUAGACGCCUGGUUCACUGAGAGGCGGAAGCUGCCUUCAGCAACACCGAAGGACGAAGAUGGCGAAGACGACGCAGAGAAUGAGAAUCCUUCAGGCCUGCCGUCAUCCUCCGCUCAGGAGAGGCACAUCACCUCCCCCAGUGGCAGAAAGUUGGUGAAGAAAACACCAGAGCAGCUGCACAUCCUGAAGAAGGCCUUCGUCCGCACUCAGUGGCCGACGUCUGAGGAGUACGACCAGAUGGCGGACGACAGCGGUCUGCCCAGGUCCUACAUCGUCAACUGGUUCGGAGACACUCGCUACGCCUGCAAGAACAGCAACCUCAAGUGGUACUACCUCUACCAGAGUGGAAAGGUGGAUGAGGCGUUAAAUGGUGGAGCCAAGAGCCAGAAAAAGUCCAGAAAGCGCUUUAGGGGUUGGUCCAGGAGGACACGCCGGCCAUAUCCCUGCAAACGUUCUCCACAGGGGGGCGCCACCUCCAUCAAGGCAAAGUCCGGUAAAGAGUUUCUGAAGGACUACUACCUCAAACACAGAGGCCUAAGCGAGAAAGAUCUGGAUGAUCUGGUGACAAAGUCCAGUAUGAGCUACGAGCAGGUGAGGGACUGGUUCUCUGAGACGGCCAAGAGAGUGGAGGAGGGUAAAGAGCCAUUCAGUGACGAGGACUCAGAGGGCGAGGAAGAAGAGGAGGAGGAGGCAGCAGCAGAGCAAGGAGACAGCGAAGGAGAGAUGGAGGUGAAGGAACAAGGAGAGGAUGCUUCAGAUGACGAGGACUGUAAUGAGGAGGAAGAGGAGGAGGCCAUCCAGGAGGAAGCUGAAGGUGUCAGCCAAUCACAGCCUCAGGCAGAAGAGCAGACAUGAGCAGACAGAUUCCACAUUGCUUCCCCCACCGCAGAGAGGACGGAAUGUCAGUGUUUCUCAGCUGGCGGGUCGGGACCUAAAGAUGGCGACAGGACGUUCAGACAGAAUCACAGCUCACACGGAUCAUGUGCGACUAAAACUACGGUUUUGUGCCUUUGAGACGCUCUUUGGGUCCUGAUGGAGCUGAGAAGCACUGAGACAGUGGAGCUGAGCUCAUGGACGAAGCCUCAGCAUUCGGUCUGUAGGGGCUGAACUGUGGGGACCACGUGAACGAGCAGGGCGACGCAUCUUGCCAAACUCCGCCGUGAGUAAGUUCAAGCUCUGCUCCUGUACAAAUGAGGCUUUUAUUUUGGCAAGAAUGGCGGGGCUUUCAGUUUGGCCCGUUGUCAUUUUUCUUACAAAAAUAUCAUGUUUUAAGAUAAGCUUUGUAUAAAGGAAAAAGAGGUGAGGCUUUGCAUGGUUUUCUCAUUAAUAAACAUUUUUCAGAGUAUCAGGAACCAUCAAUUUUCUGUCUGCUCUCCCCAAACAAACUUUUCUGAUCUAAAAGAAAAGAUUUUUAAAACCCACACUGUUUUUGUGAAUAGACUAUUGAACAUAGUGCCAUUCAGUUUAUACGUUUUGUUUAAAAUUGAAAAAGAGAAAAAAACAGCUGGAAGGAAUUCCACGUCAAUAUUUUCACUUUUUGUAAUCUUUUUCCAAGUGAUUUGCUAAAGUCUGAACGAUGUAAAAUAAUGGGAACUGAGUCCAUUAUACAUUUUAUUAUGAGUUCCUUUUGAAAAUGGUAUUUCCAUGUUUCUAGGUGUUUGGGUCCAUUCACUUUCAAUGACAUCAAAUCACUCUGAAUUUACCUGCAACCACACAAAAGACCAGGAUGAACGAUAACAAGGAGUUUAACACUUAAAGGCGAAAUCCACCUGUAAAUUCUCCAGCUCUGCCCAUUAUUUAACAACCAGUGUUCCUCAAACAUCUAAUCAGAGUUAUUAUGCUCUGCAUAAUAGAACUAAAUUACAAUGGUACAAUGAGAAAGUCACGUACAAUGGACAGUCAUUAACUCCAGAGUUUCCUACCAGCAUCAGUCUGCCAAAAUUUUGAAAACUUCGACUGGAGUCCAGCUCAAAUUAGGUUUCUGCAGCUAAUGUCUAUGUUUAAAAACUGUUUAUUAGUGUAACAAGGCUGAAACACACUGAUUUGCUGUGGUACUAAUACAUAUUAGUACGGCAUAAAAAUUCAAUGGAACCCACCCACAAACUCAUACGAACAUUGUCAGUCGCUCAGUAGGUCAAAACCGGCUUUAGCUAGUGUUGGCUGUUAAAGGGCAGCAGCAGACUGACAGGUUCACAAAAGGUCGAUCAGGCAUCUGUUUCAGCACGGAUGGAAAAACUAACUAUAAGCUGCUUGUGCUGCAUCAGUCCCCCCAGACGCUAAAAGACAAAACUGGGAAUGAAAGAGUAGGAAAGGUGUCAAUACCCGUUCAGCAGAACAAAGGCUCACCUAAGCAGGCUCUGGAAGGUUUCUCUCCAGCGAGGAAGACGCUCGUCAUCCUGUUGACACCAAGAGCAGCCAGAAUCUCCUGCUGCCUCCUGGGAAAUGUAGGAAAACCCGGAGGAGAUAAGAGGCACUGAAUAGAAAUACCGCUGCUGAUAUCAGGCAUGAAUGCGACUGUGAAGGUGGAUUCUCCUUUAACGUCCAGCUCUGCGAAAGGCUUCGUCCUUCUCUGUUCAAAUCAUUUCAAACUACAGAUUUAGCACAGUUGACUGACUUGAAAAGGAAAUGAACCCAAACACUUUUGAUUGUGUUCUUGUCCAUAAGAUUAGAAAACAACAGCAGGCAUGUGUGCUCUACUUCAGGAACCAGGCAACUUUACCUCAGUCCGUUAAGCUCCACACUCGGUUUCUCCUUCAAUACUGUAUGCAUGAAACCAUAGCGACAGUAAUAAUUAUGUCUUUCAGAUGGUGUUUUUAUUUGUCUUGCCACCAAAGUAAACAAAUCACUUUGUAAAGAAAAAAGCAGAAGACAUAGUUAUUAGUGUGUGUUCAGAUACGGGUGAACUACUAAAUAAUAACUUUCAGGGUUUCCACAGAAAAUACAGGCGAUAUUUUAGGGACAAGAAAUCACAAGCACUUGGCUCAGUUCCUGCAGGAACCUUUUAACUUUUCAUAUGUGGGGGAAAAGAAGAAAUGAGCUUUUCCUUUGCUUUCUGUGCUCUCUUCCUGUGUCUACGGACGGUGUAGGACUCUUAGGAUAUGCAACCACAGAACAAUCAGCGGGUAGAGCAGUGGUCAGCUGUAAAAUCAAUGUCUCUUUGAUUGUGAAUGGUUUUCUAAUGACAUGGGAUCCUUAUAUGAGCUCUGUAAUUUUGCAAAGUUAAGCCUUUCUGCCAUUCUUUAAAUUGCUUUAAUAGCCAAGUUUUUAGUCGUUUAUUUAUUUAUUAUAUCUGGACUUUAUGGAAAUCUUUUUGUCUGCAAGCAAAAAAUAAAAAAGGUGAAAACAG